CUCGAAUAUAUAUUCUGACAAAUCAUGUCAUGAGAUAAAAUGUAAGGAAUGAUGGAAGAGUCAGACGAACUUUCGGCCUUCAGGAAGCGCUGGAAAGAGGAACUGGACAAAAAGCCAGAGGGUUGUACUAGGGUCUCAAGUACUGUAAAUAAGGAAUUUCAUGCUCAACCUAGCAACAUCACACCGGACUCUAAAAAGAAUUAUUUUGGAGCCUCUGAGACAGACAACUUGACGCAUGAGGAAAGAAAGACACAUCGUAUAAGCAUCGGUGGAGAUGAAGAAAACGAGCCGUGCCGAUCAGAGCAGGAGGACGUUUUGGUAGAAGUAAUAUCGAGGCCGGGUCGGGACUACGAAAAGGACCAGCCGCAAUAUGUGUGUAUUGCAGAAGGCUUGUUGGAUGGGAGAACCAGUCCACUGAUGGACAGAAUACAACAGGAGAAGGCAAGAAGAAAGCGACGCUAUGACACUGCGACAGACAUACACAUGACCUCAGUUCGACAGCCACAGAGAAAACUCAACAGAGGCUUGAAAUUAGUCGAUCAGUUUAUUCAAGACUUGAACGACAUUAAUGACAUCCCGUUCUUUGACGUGGAACUUCCGUACGAACUGGCGCUGAAGAUUUUUCGGUUGCUGGACCGAAUCGACCUUGGACGGUGUGCGCAGGUGAGUAAAUCUUGGAGGGUCCUAGCCGAGGAUGACGUACUGUGGUACAGACUGUGUUUGGGGGAAGGCUACCACACAGGGGCAAGUGUUUCCGAUUCGCCCUGCUGGAAAAGCACGCUGCGAGAUUGCUGGAAAACUGAGAAAACAGUGCAGUCCAACUGGAAGAAUCGUGUCGGGUCGAUCAGUCACUUGCAGUAUGAGCUGGGGAAGAUUUUGUGUGACGCUGACUCCAGUGAAGGCUUUGUCAUUGCUGGGUACACCUCAGGAGACGUGAGACUGUGGGACAUUCUUCAUUGGGACAUCGUGGCCUCGUACCUGCGGCCGACGCACGUGGUCAGAGCCGAGACGCCCACACCCCAUGUCAGUCACGUCGCGGUCAACGAGAAGAUCGCAGCGGCCGCCUAUGAGAACGGGUAUGUCGACAUUUGGAGCAUUGAGACUGGUCUGGAGCCCAUUCAUCAUUACCAGCACCUGCAGAGGGUCCACAGCCUGUCCCUGUGCCGGGACUCCCCCGCUGUGGCCUCUGCCUCUGGGAUGGAUGUCCGGGUAGACUGCACUGAUGACAGAGGCUACUGGAGGACGCUCUGUCUCACCCAGCUGCCCAAACCUGUUGACUUUCUACGUCUGGUGCCAGGGAGGCGAGAGUCGCCGUUGGUUACUGCGUCGGCCAAUGAGAGCGUGUAUCUGCUGGCUCCAGAGCAGGAAGCCAGGGUCCUCCACUCAGUGUACGGACAUCCUGUCACCUGUCUGGACGUGACAGCUUCGAAGGCUGCUCUAGGGGUCAAGCGCCACGGCUGGGCCAUGAAUGACGGAGGAAACAAGAUUCAAGUGUACAGCCUGGAAAGCAGCCAAUCAGAGAUCACCGUGGGGAGCGCGGCGGGAGACUUCACGUGCGUCGACCUGAGAGACAGCAUCCCUCACCUACUGGUGUGUGGAAACAAAGACCGACGGGUGAGGGUGUUUGACCUGCGUUCAGGCUCCUCAGUGGUCUCCCUGUACGCCCAUCAUAUGGGCGUGACCUCCGUGCAGGCAGAUGAUUGGAAGAUUGUGAGUGGAGGUGUGGAGGGAUUGGUCUGUGUUUGGGAGAUGAGGAUGGGGGCCAAGCUUUGGGAAAUGCACAACAGACACCCUGUUCGCCACGUACGUUUCAGCACUAACGCGCUGGUGACGGCGAACAUCCCAGACGAGAAAUGUCCCCGUGGAGCCUGCAUCACUGACGAUGAUCUCACUGCCCACCGCAGGCACAGAGGGGUCAUCUGUUACUAUGACUUCUCUGCGGACUCAGCCUCUCAGGACCAUGUCCUGCCCAUCUGCAGGUCCAACUAUGCCGAGACGACCGGCUACAACUACAACAUCGGCCUGGCCGUGCCUUACGAUGAACUCAGAGACUCCCAGGCAAGCCUUUGACCUCAGAAGUCAGGGAGACUUCCCAAAGGCCCUCACAAUACUGUAAAAAACACUUUCU